AUGUGUAUCUGUUUAGAAUCAAAUGAAACAAGUUUAUUAUCAAAACCAUCUGCACAUGGAAAUAUAGGACUUGAGCGAAGGAUUAUGGGGGAUCAAGAUGAACCAUUUCUAUCGUACACCCGUAUGAACUUGACUGAUGCUGAUAUGGAAAUUGUGGCUUAUUAUUUACUAAAAGAUAAUAAGACGGUCACAGAACUCGACCUUUCCGACAAUCUAAUAGGAGAUGAAGGUGCAAAGUAUCUUGGUAAAGAAUUACAAAAUAACAAAACACUUACACAACUCGACCUUUCCAGCAAUCAAAUAGGUGCGCAAGGUGCAAAGGACCUUGGCGAAGCAUUACAAGAUAACACAACACUCACUUCACUCAACCUCUCUAGCAAUCAAAUAGAAGCUCAAGGUGCAAAGAAUCUUGGUGAAGCAUUACAAAAUAAUACAACACUCACACAAUUCGACCUUUCCAGCAAUCAAAUAGGAGAUCAAGGUGCAAAGGAUCUUGGUGAAGCAUUACAAGAUAACACAACACUCACUACACUCAACCUCGACAAAAAUCAAAUAGGAGAUCAAGGUGCAAAGGAUCUUGGUGAAGUAUUGAAAAAUAAUACAGCACUCACACAACUCGACCUCGCAUAUAAUGAAAUCGGAGAGCAAGGUGCGAAAGAUCUUGGUGAAGCAUUACAAAAUAACACAACACUCACUUCAGUCAACCUCGACGACAAUCCAGUUGGGCUUAUGUGGCGAGAGCACCUUCGUCGAACAGCUUGA